GACGGUGCUUUUUGCAACAGUGAUUCAGUGAGAGAGCGUUUCUCGUUUCGCUUUGAGCGCUGCGUUUUCAUGUUAUCGUUUCUGUUGCGCACUUUCUGAUUCGUCCAUAGUUUGUUCCUGUGACGUUUCUAUAUGGGAUGUCAGCACUCGAAGCCACCGGUGGCGCCCACCCGGCGGCGUUUGAGCUUGGGUUUUGUCGAUCCGAGUCAUCUUCCUCCGGGCGGCAGCAGUACCACCGGCGACAGCACCACCGGCGCGACCGAGAAGAACCGAUCGCUGCUGCUCGAAGUCCACUCGAAGACCUUGCAGCAGAUCCUCGAGGGCGAGCAGGGCCGCCGCCAGUCCUGGUCCGCCAGCAGCUCCACGGAUCUGCGGCGCCAGUCCUUUUCGCAAAAGACCGUCGAGGAGCUCGGGCACCCGAUCGAACAGGCGGCACGCGACAACCUCGGCUUCGUGUGCAAAAAGGGUUUGAAACCAGAAGCGCCCAAUCAAGACAGCUUCUUGGUGGUCAAGGUAUAAAAAGAGCGACGGAAACUAAUGUCUCAGUAUGUUUGCAGCUGUCGAAGCAAUAUGAAUGUGUUUGUGAUAGUGAUCAUGUCCUCACAACGCAACCUGAAACGAACAAAAACUAAACCAGGCCGGGCAAGAUUUGAGCAUCUACGGCGUUUUCGACGGGCAUGGGCCGUUUGGGCACGAUGUAUCCGAUAUCCCACAGAAAAAGGCUGGCAGGGCAUAUUUGUAAUGCAAAAAUAAAUGCAAAGAAAAAUCUGUCAUGGGCGGCCUCAUAGCAUGCUGUUUAGGAUACGCCAUACAGAUUUUUUUGUGUAUUUAUUUUUGCAUUACAAAUAUGACCUGCCAGUUUUUUUCUGUGUGAUAUCCGAGUUCGUGAAGAACGCGCUGCCGAAGGUUCUGGUGCUGAAUAUGACCUGCUCAAACGUUACAAUCUCAAACGUUACAAUAGAAUCUGGAAAUCUGUGAUGCAAGAAAUGCAUGAUCUAGCCAACUCUCAUGGGGCGGCGCAUGACAAGUUCCGAAGUCCCAAACCGCACUACAAUCUCCUGGCGGAAUUUGUAUUGCAGAAAGUGGAACGGUCUGUGAGUCUGUAAUGCUCGCGAUGCAAGACAAAUCCCAGAUUCUAUUGUAACGUUUGAGAUUGUAACACCUGAGCGGGUUAUACUGAACCCGAUCUUGAUUACCCAACCCGAUGUGGCGCUGCGCAGCGCCUUCGAGCAGACGCAGCGACUUCUGGAAGAAGCCACGGAGAUCGGACACUUGAAUGCACAGUUCUCAGGUAUUCGCGUGAGCUCUGGUGGAGAACUUAGUUUUUCUAAUCGCAGUCGUGGGGAACAGAUUUUUUCCGUCCAGGGUAUUGGUGAUGCAUAAAAAUCUAACCACACCAGGCACGACGGCGACGGUUGUCGUUCACCUGAUCAGCAAGGGGGAAAUCUGGACCGCCCAUGUGGGCGAUUCACGAGCAGUUUUGGGUCGCAGAAUGACGCUGGGGGCCUUGGACGCGAGCGACGCCGGUGGCGCCGCGAAUGCGACGGCCUCGAACCGCACACAAACAGCUAAAAUUGACUACUUGAUGAGCCGAUCGUUGUCGUGGCUGUCAGCGUCGCAACAGGUAUAACAAAGGGUUCUGUCCAAGUAAGUACCGCAACGCGGCAAAAUACGUGCUGAGGUUCGAAAAGCAAAAGAUCGUCGUGUACGAAAAAAACAGCUGUGUUUUUCACUUCAUGUCAUGCACGGCAGCAGGAGGAUGUUUAUUUUCGUGUUACUCUUAGUCUUAUUGCGAACAACAAACUCAGCCACCCUCCUCCGCCGGAGCGGGAGCGGGCGGCAGCGAAAAGGAUGACAACACCUCCUCCAACAGUAAGUCUGGGCUGUACGCCGUUGACCUGACGCAAGAUCACAAACCGGACGACCCGGCCGAGCGAGAGCGCAUCGAAAACAGCGGCGGCCGCGUGAUCUUCGAUGGGUUCUACAACUACCGGGUGUAUGCCAAAAAGGGCAGGUAUCCCGGCCUAAACAUGUCCCGCGCGCUCGGCGACCUGGCGGGAUACUACGACGCAGGUAUUAAGCAUGUGCUGGAUCUACAGUUCGUGCUGUGAAAAUGAAUCGUCGCUCCCCCGCUCCUGCCCACGGGAGACGGCACUGCUCUGCGCGCGCCAUCAGUCGCCUUUCUUCUGCAGUUGCCAACUCAUUACUUACAAAAACUGAGGUAUUUCACCCGUCCCUACCAUCAGCUUCGAGAAGCUCAGAAAGAAGAGCAAAGAGCCCUCCGGUCUCUCUACCGCUGGUUCGAAAAACCACACGGGGUCCCCGCGGCACAUGAGCGAGACAACCGCCGUGGUGCCGACCUUUGCUGGCGGCGGCGCGCUGCCCGGGUCGAUCACCUCUUCGACGAACAGUUCUACCGUGAAGGCCGGCCAACGCGGUGACAAGGGGGAACAGGAGAGCCAGUUAACCACCGACGAAUUUCUGCUGCUGUGCAGCGACGGGGUGUGGGAGUUCAUGUCCAGCCAGGAGUGCGUCGAGUUCGUGGAAACGCACAUGAAGCGUGGUAUCCCCGACGCAGCGGAAGUGAUGGCCAAGGAGUGCUACGAUCGCUGGACCGUCCGCAUGCUCGGACAAGUCGUGGACGACAUCACCGCGGUGAUUGUGAAACUGUAGUAUGGUGCUUCGCAACGGUGUGUGGCCGUCGUCGAGAAUGAAACUUUUUAAAAGUUUAGGGUGCCCUAACGGGACAGAAACAGCAACAGGAGUCUCUUCCUCUUCGUGAAUGCAGGGCUGCUCGAAGUGGGAUUGUGCUGUUUGGAGAAUUUUUUACGUAGUGUCACUCUAUCAGCAUAAGGCUGUAAGAAGCGACGGUAUCACUUCUACCACUGGUUGGUGCGAUCAAGACCGAUGCCAAUCGAUCCGGUCUGUCUCCUUUUGGUUACUCACCUUUUUACAAUACCUCCACAGCCUUUCGUGCCUGCAAACUGAUCCAGGUAAAUAACGGCUCAGACCUGUGCAAGGCACGUCAUAGAAUGAUUCCGUGCACCAGCGCGAUCGAUCGUCGGUGCACGAUACUUGGGCGAAAUGGCACUCAGCGAUCGUCGUAAUGCGGUUGAAAUAGUGCAUGUGCACGACGCGAGUUCAUCUUCACCCUUUAAGAGAUUGGCUACAUCGACAUCAACAGUGUGCAUCCUCAUGAUCAGUCGAGAAGACUCGAGUGGCUCAGGCAAAG